AUGGUUGCAGAUAAAUAUAUUGGGCUGGCCCUUGCCAUAUCGUCUUCCUUCGCGAUUGGUACUUCAUUCAUCAUCACAAAACAAGGUUUAAAAGAUGCUUCAAAACAAGGGUUUGAUGGUGAUGGUCAUGAAUAUUUGAAAAAUCCAAUAUGGUGGGCUGGUAUGAUUACAAUGGCUAUAGGUGAAAUUGCAAAUUUCGCAGCUUAUACUUUUGCUCCAGCUAUUUUAGUUACACCAUUAGGUGCUUUAUCUGUUAUUAUUGGUGCAGUUUUAGCUGCUGUAUUUUUACGUGAAGAACUAGGUACUUUAGGGAAAAUGGGUUGUGCAAUUUGUUUAUUAGGUAGUGUCAUUAUUGUUUUACAUGCACCAUCUGAUAAAGAUAUUGAAACUGUUGAUGAAAUUUUAAAUUAUGCAAUGACACCUUUAUUUAUAACUUAUGUCGUUGCAGUUUCUGUUUUUGCAUUAAUCAUGAUUUAUAAAAUUGCUCCAUUAUAUGGUCAUAAAAAUCCAAUUUAUUAUAUUUCAAUUUGUUCAACUGUUGGUUCAAUUUCAAUCGUUAGUAUUAAAGCUUUUGGUAUUGCAUUAAAAUUAACUUUAAAUGGUAAUAAUCAAUUUACUCAUUUAUCAACUUAUAUUUUCAUUAUCGUCGUUGUUGUUUGUAUCAUGACACAAAUGAAUUAUUUUAAUAAAGCUUUAGAUCAAUUUGACACUUCAAUUGUCAAUCCAUUAUAUUAUGUUACAUUUACAACUGCAACAUUAGUUGCUUCAUUUAUCUUAUUCAGAAAUUAUAAUGAUGCAGGUCCAAAAGAUUCAAUCAGUCUGAUUUGUGGAUUUUUAAUCAUCUUCUCAGGUGUUUAUUUAUUGAACAUUUCAAGAAAGAAGAAAGAUCAUCAAUCUGUUUUAUUUAGUCAACAAGGUGAUGAUUUAGGUCAUAUUCCAAUGGAAGGUGGUGUUGGUGCUUUCCAAGCAAGAAGAUCAUUAAAUCUGAAUAGAACAUCAGGUCAUGAUCAUGACACUGAAGAAUCCGUUGGGUUAAGAAGAUUUGAUAGUUUAAAUUUGGACGAUGAUAACGAACGUGAAACGGAUAGAUUUCGUGUAUAA